CCUUUCCCUCUCUAUACACCUCCAAGAUCCCUUCGCCGCCUCGCCUCUGCCCAUUGCGCCCGCGUGCCACCAUCAGCCAUGGCCGAACCCUCCAACGCCCCCGCGCCCGCCGUGGCCGACGCCGAGAAGAAGAAGUUUGAGAAGCCCGAGCGGCCCAACGCCGACCUCUUCAAUGAGCAGUUGGCCAAGAAGGAGAAGGAGUACCAGGACGCCUUUGCCCGCUACAACGCCGUCAAGGCCAAGGUCGACUCUGCCCUGCCCAACAAGAACAAGGAUGUUCAGUCCCCGACGCAGAAGCGCCGUGCUGAGCUCAUCGCCAAGGCCAACGAGAUCCGCAACAAGCAAGGCGCCGGCAAGUCUGCGCGCAACUCCAAGAUGGACCAGAUCAAACGUCUCGACGACCAGCUCAAGUCCCGCAUUGCCGAGCAGAAGGCGGCCCGCGGCAAGGUUGCCUUCAAGAGCACCGAGGACCUCGACCGCGAGAUUGAGCGCCUCGACAAGCAGGUCAACAGCGGCCUCAUGAAGCUCGUCGACGAGAAGAAAGCCCUGGCCGAAAUCUCCAGCCUCCGCAAGCAGCGCAAGAACUUUGCCGGGUUCGACACCUCGGAGAAGGCCAUUGCCGAGCUCAAGGCCAAGAUCAAGGAGAUCCGUGACAGCAUGGACGACUCCGAGGCCCGCGCCCUGAGCGACGAGUACACAAAGAUCCAGUCCGAGCUGGACGCCAUCAAGGCUGAGCAGGACGAGGUCUUCAAGAACCUCAACUCCCUCCGCGACGAGCGCUCCAAGCUCCAGGCAGAGCAGCAGGAGAAGUUCCAGGCAGUCCGCAAGCUCAAGGACGAGUACUACAGCCAGAAGAAGGCCUUCGCCGAGUACGAGCGCAACGCCCGUGCCGCCAUUGCCGAGCGCAGGAAAGCCGAGCGCGAGAAGUACGAGAAGGAUAAGAAGAAGGAGCGUGCUCAGAAGUUCCUGGAGGAGGCGUCCGACCUUGCUUACCUCGAGGAGAUCCGGAGAGCCAACAGCCUGCUGCACUUCUUUGACCCUUCCUCCGUCUCGACCGAGAAGGCUCCCCUGCUCGCCAACAGCGGCCUUACCGCCGAGGCCUCCCGCAAAGUUGAUGACUCUGCCCUCAAGGGCACUCGCCUGGUCAAGAAGGAGGAUCGCGAGGACGAAUACUUUGCCCCCGUCAAGAAGGGCAAGAAGGGCAAGAAGCCCAACGCCUCGGCCGAGAAGAGCACCUUUAACUGCCCGCCUUCGGUCAUUGAUGACUGUGCCUUCAUGAGCAUCGACCCUCCCAUGAGCGCCGCCGAUGUCCCUGCCGUUGUCGAGAAGGUCAAGGCCAAGCUUGACCACUGGAAGUCUGACCAGCAGGCCCAGACCCAGCGCAACAUUGAGAAGGCAAAGAAGGAGCUCGAGAAACUCGAGGCCGAGGAGGCCGCCGCCGAGAGCAACGGCACCAAGACCGACAUUGCCGAUGACCUCAAGGAGACCUCGCUCGAGGACAAGGAGUAGGACUCCGCAGUCUCGAACAACGGCGUACCUCGGCGCAAUUGAGAGAGGUUCAUCAUCUGCUGAAUUCGCCCGACAUCAGCAGACGGCACGUUGCAAGGCACAUUUAUCAUAUGUGGUAAGCGGCACAAGUCACCAGGGCACCAAGGCGGGUAAAAGAAAAUGGGAGAA